AGAAGAAGAAGAAGAAGAAGAAGAAGAAGAAGGAACAGCUCAAAAGAAGAAGAAGAAGAAGCCGCCGCGUAAACUUCAGUCAAAUCAAAUCCACACACCCGUCAACAGUCCACGGCUCCCCUGCACGUGACCUUGACCUGACCCUUCUAGGCGGUGGUGGUGGUGGUCAUUAGCUCGCCAUGUCCAGCAAGAGGAAGUCCAUCAUCAAGAGCGGCAAGGGCAAGGCGGACAAGACGAGGAAGAGGCUGUCCUUCGCCGCUGAUGCUGAGGAAAAGAAGACUGCAGAGGCCACAAAGAGAGAGAGCAAAAAGACCAGCCAAGCUGUGUCUGGCACCCCACCCGCCUUGGCCAUCCCAUCAUGCAAAAUGACAGCUUUGGGCCUGUGCUAUGACCCCAAAACCUCCCGUGGAGCGCCAAGGCAACACAACACCACUCCCAUGAGCCAAAACACCAGACAAAACUAUAUGUCAAUCCAGAACUUGACACCUCUUUCAGGAUAUAUUGAUGCUGAUGUUUUGAUUACUGGUGGAAAAAUAUUUGCAGAGAAACUGAAAGUGUAUCUCAUGGAUGCACAUGACAAGCAGCAGACCAAGAUGAAUCUUAACAUAACAUGUGAAGAGGAUUUACCAGAGACUGUGAAAGCUCAUUUUAUACUCGCCCUGUUCUUCAAGGACACACACAACAGCAUGAAGCACUUGUGCAACAUUGUGAAUAGGUGUACUGACGGCACCUUGUCCAGCAAGAGAGUAAUGGUGGUGUGUGUGUCCUCUGCCGAGGGAUGCUUCAAGAACGUGGUUGACCUGGAACAGUUCCACUCAGUACUGAGCACUCACCAGCUGGUGCAUAUAACUAUGAAAGAACAGAGCAGACUUGAUCGUGAAGAAAUGAACAUGAUGCUGGAGCUGAUACAAAAGAGUGCAGCCUAUCACAAGGGCACGUCUCUGCUGACGGAUUAUGCCAUGCAGCUGGACUUGAGGAAUUACUUAAUGGAAGACAUCAUUCCACAAGAAUCAGCUCUUGGUAUCACCCAAAAUUAGCCUCCAUUGUUCCAACAAGCAGCUCUGGAUGGAAGCACAAGAAAGCUGAAAACAAGGAUUCUCCAGGCAAACCACAGAAAAAAUAACUAAGAUAAUGAAGAGGAAGACAUGAAAUAUUAACUUUCCUUCUCCUCUGAGGCUAAGAAGACAUAAUCACUUCAAACAAAUUUUAUUGUAACAGCAGCA